CCUCAAGUUAAUAGUAGCUGGUGGGUCUUACCUUAUAAACCACUUCAUGUUUCCUAUUUUUCCCGAUGUGGGACAUUUUGGGGUUCUCAAAUCUCCCCAUCUUAUGAUGCAACGUCCUCGUUGCAUUGGACCUGCAAGCUUCCCUUGGUGGCCAUGGUGUGGCACUUAGCUCUGUAUAGCACAUCAGUGUGCUCGUACCAGAUUCUAAAUGUACGCAAGUAUGUAUGAAUGUAACCAUUAACUACUAGUGCAAAGGGCAUGAGUAACAUACAUGGAGGUGAGGCUACUAACGUACAAGCACAGUUCCUGCAUCAUAUUCCACUGGUCUUAUCUUUAUGAAACUGCAGCUACCUAUAUUUUGAGAAGUGGGGCCAUUCAACCUUUUUCCUUCCUAUAAAAUACCUCUUCUCUUGAAGCUUCCCUCCACCUGAAAAACCUCCAACUUUGUUCAACCUGAUCCCUACCAUAUAUCCCAAUCCAUACCACUCAACAAAGUUUAAAGCCAUGCAUCCCAAUGAUGCUGCUGAACUUCAUUUUCUAGUUCCUUCUAACCCAAACCCAUAUCUACCUAAUAUUAAUAUGAUGCAAAACAACACAGCAGCAUUUCAGUUUAGCAGAUCCUCUAAUCCUCUAUACCAUCUCCAGACCACUCCUCAAGUCCAGGAAUUCAACCCUCAGUCGACAUGUUUCAGCAACAACUCAACUUCAGACGAAGCAGAUGAACAAAACCUAAGCCUCAUCAAUGAGAGGAAGCAGAGAAGGAUGAUAUCCAAUAGAGAGUCUGCGCGCAGAUCACGUAUGCGCAAGCAGAAGCACCUGGACGAGCUCUGGUCGCAGGUUGUUUGGCUACGGAACGAGAAUCACCAGCUCAUAGAUAAACUAAACCAUUUCUCAGAAACCCAUGACAAGAUUGUCCAAGAGAACGCUCAGCUGAAAGAAGAAACCACUGGGCUUCGUCAGAUGAUCACUGACAUGCAGCUCAAUAGUCCUUACCCUAAUUUGAGAGAUUUGGAGGAUAUUAACUGCAACAUGGCGUACCUCAGAACUGAAUCCUCAAACCAGUCGGAUACAAGUUCCUCGGGUGGUCUUCUUGGGUGAUCUGAAGGCCAAUGAAUUUAUUUAUCCGUUUAUAUAUUUUCUACGUCCAUCCUAUUUGCCUUGAUAAUAAGCUCUAUGAGAUUGAGAGAGAGACUGCAAUAAUAUCGUUUUUGACUGUGCUCCUUAUUUUAA